AUGUAUAUAGAGCAGAAUUGUGUAAUGUUGGGCACCUCAACAAUUGAGCGUGAAAAACUUAAAGAUUUGUUACGUUCGUUUUGUGUGAAUUGGAAGGCAAUAAAGGAAAUAAAAGAUGGCAGAAAGAAGAAAAAAAUGGCAAUAACAGGUUGCAAAUUGCAAGAUUAUCUCGGUAGGGAUUCCAUCUUCCAAACAUGA